AUGUCCACCCUGGUACCAGCACCAAAUGUGCCGAAUCCGAGGAACGCCGGGAGGAAAAAGAGCAAUCCAGUUUGGGAGUUUUUCACGGAUCUCCGCGUGCAUGGCUUGGCCGGUGUGAGAUGUCGUUUCUGUCAUUGGGUCACAAAUGAUCGAAGUCCGACGACGAUGAAAUUUCAUUUGAAAAGGAAACAUGAUACUGGAGCUGGCGGUCUCUGGGCACUAUGCGAAGAGAAAAUCAAUCAACAAGCUCCACCCAAUUAUGCCCCAAGGAAACGAUCGGAACCGAUGAGGAGUCUCCCUUCUUCAAGUGAUUCUAUCUUUUCUCGUGGUUUCUCUCUUCCGCAAUUACUCUGGAAGCAUUUCGAUCCAACCCUUCUUCUCCCAUCAACACCUACAGCCACUGCAACUAUUGGAGUGAACGCGGCUCAAGAUGAAUUCCUUCAAAAUCUCAUCCAACAAGCGACAAAUAUGGCAUCAACAAGUCCACCAGAGCUUCGAGAAGGCCUAGUGAAAGCAGACGAAUCCGAGAAUCUCAACAUCAUCGAAACCCUAUUGUUAUCUAAAUUAGAGUCCUGCAAAAACUCGGAUCAUUCCUCGGACGCCUCAUUUCCCACAAAUUUAGCCUCUCCCGAUUUCAGUCUAGCCGACGGUGCCUCAAUAGCUGGCCUUUUACAAAUAGCCACCGAUUCCGAUUUGACGUUCACGUUCAAUGCGCGAAGAAGUGGAGAAUACUGUUUUGAGAGUAAUAAAGGCGAGAAAAAGGGUCAAAUGAUCGUUUUCUCCGAUCACGGCACAGAGAUCCGGGUCGAGCAGAAAGUUGAUGGGAAAGAGAUUUGCGUCGAGAUGUGGCGCAAAAGCGAUUGGACUCAAUUUUGCUGGGCCGUUCGCGGAACGUGUCUACACUUCUUAAAGCUC